AUGUCUGGAAAAGUUUAUUUUAUCUCAGGUGCCAAUCGUGGUAUUGGUUAUGAAUUCGCCAAGCAGUUAUCAUCAAUUCCUUCAAACACUGUUAUAGCAACAGCUCGUGAUCCUGCUUCUGCUUCUGACUUGCAACAAUUAUCUAAAUCAAACUCUAAAGUUCACAUCGUUAAACUUGAUGUUGCUGAUGAAGAAUCUUUUGAUCAAUUAGAUGAACAAUUGAAAAAUAUUGCUUCAAAUGGUAUUGAUGUCUUGAUUUCAAAUGCUGGUAUUCAACAUUCUUAUAAACCUUUGUUAGAAACACCAAAAGAAAGAUUCAUCAAUCAUUUUAAUGUCAAUGCUGUUGGUCCAAUCCUCUUGGUUAAAGCUCUUUACAAAUAUUUACAAAAAUCUCAAACAAAACAUAUUGCUUUCGUUUCCAGUUCAGCAGGUUCUAUUAAUGAUUAUAUCCCAUUUAGUACAUCUGCCUAUGGUCAAUCAAAAGCAGCUUUGAACUAUGCUGUUAAGGAAUUCAGCUUUGAAUUAGAAUCUGAAGGUUUCACUGUUAUUUCGUUGAAUCCAGGUGCUGUUUCCACUGAUAUGUUUAACACAGCAAUAUCUUAUUUUGAGGAAAACCAACCAAAUGUUCUUGAAGUGUUGAAAAAUUUUGAAACUUUAACUCCUGAAGAAAGUGCAAAACAACAAUUAAAAACAAUCACUAAUUUGUCAAAAGAGCAAAAUGGUAAAUUUUAUGAUUAUGAUGGUAAAGAGCUUUCCUAUUAA